AUGGCGCCCCUCGCCGCGCUCAUGAACGACGGUACACUAGGCGACUAUUUUGCCGGAAUCUGGACCAAGAACCUCCGGUUUUGUCUAGCGUGGCACAGAGUGAACAGCCUCCUGACUGCUCCCAAAACCUACCGAGCACCGAGCUUCAGCUGGGCGAGUGUGGAUGGCCAAAUAGGGUCCAGUAUCCUUCACUUGUCUGAGACGUUGAUGCAGGAUCAAGCGCUAGACGCUUCUUGGAUAGACGAAUUCGGGCCCAGGCUGCUUGAGCAACACAUGGUACUCAAAGACCCGUCGCAGCCGUACGGGGAAGUCAAAGAGGGGUUACACUUGGUUCUCGAGGCUUGCCUCGUCGGUCUGGCGAAAGGCUUGACCGUAAUCAGGGACCAUGAUAUAUUCCACCCCACCAUCGUCCUCGACCAGUCAGACGCCUUCGACUGCCCAUAUUGCAAUCCCACGCAAUCCACGGACGAGGGCAGACGCGAAGCAACCAGGGAGUUGGACAAUAGCAUAGAGCACCACGUGUGCAUGAUCGUACAGGGUGAUGGCUGGAAGGGGCGGGAGAGCGUCUGCGAAUUCCUGAUCUUGAGGCACAUGGGUGAGGAAGGAUCGUACGUGAGGGUUGGGUUCGGCAUGCCAAGCUUGGGUCAUGGAUAUCAGGCGGUGUGGGAGAAUGAGGAUAAGGGCUUCAAUGCUGAGCCUGUGCGUAAAUUGUUUGGGGGGAUGGGGUGGGAACGGCGCCAGAUAAAAUUGCUUUAA